CUCUCGCCUGCUAGAAACCUCGCAUUACCAACAACAAAAACAAAAGAGGUUUUUUGGAAUAGUUCAUAGAAGAAUCGAAGAAUAGGUUGCGGAAAAAAGGACAUGAUGGUGGAGGAGCGGUGCUUCUUCAACAAGGACACACUUGUUGUCAAGGCACCAAAGAAAACACACAUUGCAUUGAAGAUGUUUAUGUUAGUUACUGUGACAAUAUGCGGCAUCUAUAUUUGCUCGGUAUGUACAAAGCAGAUAAGAAUGCAAAGCAGACCCAGAAUUUUGAAAUUUGAGAUAAUCAAACCACCUUGCAAGAAUUCUUCAGUAUCACAUCGAGAAUUCGCGUAUUUGCACUAUCCAUCACCAGUCACUCAUAGCAGGGAGGAAUGUGCAUGUACACCAGUUCAUUUUUUUUCUAUCGUGUCGAUGCAGAGGUCUGGAAGUGGGUGGUUCGAGACUCUCUUAAAUAGUCAUGUUAACAUUAGUUCUAAUGGGGAGAUCUUCUCUCCCAAAGAAAGGAGAACUAACAUAUCUACAAUCAUAAGGGCAUUGGACAAAGUGUAUAAUCUCGAUUGGUUUAGUAGUGCUUCGAAAAAUGAAUGCACUGCAGCUGCUGGCUUCAAGUGGAUGCUUAAUCAGGGUCUGAUGGACAAUUGCAUAAAAGUCAUCCAAUAUUUCAGGGAAAGAGGUGUCUCUGUAAUAUUCCUAUUCAGAAGGAACUUACUUCGUCGUUUAGUUUCACAGCUCGCAAAUGAUCAUGAUCGCAGUACUAAGCAACUAAAUGGAACACAUAAAGCUCAUGUACAUUCUGAAAAUGAGGCCAACAUUCUCGCAAUGUACAAGCCAAGGAUCAAUACCUCCGAGUUAAUCUCAAAUCUUAAAAAUGCUGAAAAGUUUGCGAGUGAUGCCUUGGAGCACUUCAACAAUAUCCGCCACAUCGUUCUGUACUACGAGGAUCUUUUGCAAAAUAGUACUAAGAUGAUGGAUGUCCUGGAGUUCCUCAAAGUACCUCACAGAAAACUAGUUAGUCGGCAUGUUAAGAUACACACAAAACCACUACCCAGUUUGAUCGAAAACUGGGAUGAAAUUUACACCAGUCUCAAAGGAACAGAGUAUGAGAGCUUCUUGAAAGCUGAUUAUGUUUCAUAGAUAAUCUUGCCUCUGCACGAAUUCCUGUUAGCCGGGUUUUCCACGGCAUGGUCAUGGCAAGCAGAUUUUCUAUCAAGAGGCUCAAGACAGAAAGACACAAGAAACACUGAGUAGACUUCUUGCACACGGUUAUUCCAUGUUAAAGAUGGAUCAUUCCAACCUACAGAUCUUUUAUUUUAUUUGAAUAUAUAAUAUCUAUAUAUAGUUCAUUGUGUUUUUUAAUUUUAUUUUUUAUAUUAUUUCUCCUCAUAAAA